UCUCUAGUUGAGUCAUUAAUAAAUACUAGCUCUAAUUUCAACAUCUCUCCAUUUUCCAUCAAAAUUCCAAACACACACAAUCUCUCUUUAAAAGGAAAAUGAGCAGAAGAGUGAGUUUCAGCCCAGACGUAGACGACAUGCUAUCACCACCACCGGUAUACUUCACCAAACACGGCGGUGACAGAGCCAGCACGACGGAGCCGAUGAUGAGAAUAUGGACUUUCCGUCCACCAAAAAGCUCUGGUUUCUCCGCCAUGAGAUUCCUCGGAAGAAUCAAAGCCAAAUUCGCAAAAGCACUGGGUUUCGUUUCAUCUUCACGAUCGUCAUCUUCAUGUAGUUGCACUUUAGAAAGAUCAAAAUCUUAUGUGGAAGCAUUAGAUUCUCAUCGAGCUCAAGCCAUUGAAGACUGUAUUCAGUUCUUGAAUUCUUCUUCUUCCUCCUCUUUUCAGAGGUCAAAAUCACUUUCUUCUUUUUCCUAUUAAUAUUCCAUUCAUUUUCCUUUUUUAAUUUUCUGUUGUUAGCCUCCACAAGUUGUAAAUCAAGAAUUAGGAAAAACAAAAUACUUUUUUUUUGUGAUUUUUAAACCUUUUGUUUUAUUUUAGUA